AUGACCCCAGCCACCUCUAACAAGGGAGACAGGUUGAGCAGAAACACACAGAGUGUGAGCCUAGCGGACACCAGCAGCUCUACAUACCACUCUGCUCUACCUACCCCUGCCCCUCGCAUUAUAAGACAAACACAGAGACCUGCUUCUGAGAGAGAGUCUGUCAGUGAGACUACAGCAGUCCCACUGUCGGGCGUUAAUGAAGAAACCUCCAAAUUGGACCUAGUGCAGAGGAGGAGAGGGCUACCUACUGGCCAUGAAGACACAAUGCCUAGAGCAAACAGUUUCUUCACCUCCUCCUUGAGACAGCGUUCCAAGAGCGCCACGAGCAGAGCCCACACAGGGACGAGAAACAAGGAGAUGAAUGCAGAAGGAAAAGGAGGGGAGUGUUUGGUGGCCAAGAACCCUCAUCAGGAGUCUGUCAGAAGGCAAGAGGUAAAACCAGAGCAGGCCACAUUUAAAGGCCUGAAGGAAAACCAACCACAACCCUCACCUCAGGAGAGAAAAGUACAAACAGAGGUAGAAGUCGUGGAGGAGACAGGACUGAAGGGAGGAGAGAAAAGGGAUGGGCAGAGUGAGGGAAAUGAGGAGAAGGAUCAGGAGCAGGAGAGGAGGAGUGAAGCUGCGCACCACUUCUGCGCACCACUUCUCAGUCUGAAGUAUCGCUUGGAGAAGGACCAAGAAUUCAGGGUUAAGUGUCAUAUUGUCUCAACAACUGCAGAACCAGUCAAAGGCGAAAUUGGCACAAGUUCAAAGGUCAGGGGUGACUUGGAAAAUAAGGCUUCGAGGAAGGGCCCGUCACAAGUGUCUGACUGCCCCCCCCAUACACCCCUGACAGAAACAGACUCAACGAGAACCAAGAUGAUGAUGAUGAUACUGACCUGGUAGUAGAUGCCUUUGCAGACCCAGGUAACAUACAGUGCCUUGCGAAAGUAUUCGGCCCCCUUGAACUUUGCGACCUUUUGCCACAUUUCAGGCUUCAAACAUAAAGAUAUA